CACUACUGUACCUGAUGUAUCGUCCAUUCAUACGAAGCUUGGAAGUCGACAAUCUACUGUCCGCCCAACUGGUGCCGGUCUGACAGAAUGAGCUCGAGGGUGGCUCCUUGGCUGGACGGCCUCGACGAUGCCUGGGUGGCACCACAGAAACCGCUCUCAUCCAACAAUGCGACUGCUGAACCCCCCUUCGAUUCCAGCGCCUCACUCGAAAGUAGCUUGAGUCGCAUACCUCGACCAAGCCUGGGAACACACUCAUCGCUGUCGCGACAAGAUGCUGGUACACAACGGAAGAGGGACGUGCUUGCGCCACUGAGCAGAAACGAAGGAAAUACGCUGCGGCGACAACAUGCCCCAGUCCAGAUACGAGGUUCUCAGUCCUUUUCAGAAGCUUCAGAUGGAUCUUUGCCGGCAUGUGGAACGGUACAGCAGAGGUCGAAGAGCGCGUCGCCCAGCAAGAGGCAGGAGACGCUGGAGUGGAAGCGGAGGCUGGUUCACGGGCAGAUUGGGUAUGGCGAUCAUACGGACCUGUUCGGCCCAACCGGGCUGGAAAACAUCUUUACGCCGUCAAAGGGAACAGAAAACGCGGAACCCAAGCCUAAGAACCGCCUCCGUUGGCUGCAGAAGUCGGAUAUGAGCAUGCCAUCAAGUCCGCCACCUUGGCCCCCGGGCUCUCAAAGCCCAUACGAAAUUUCCGAAGACGCUGCCGAAGACUCAAUCGUCGAUGCCGUGCACCUCGAUGUCGAACCUUCGUACGCAAUGGACGAAUACGCAAGCUUCCGAAGCAACCCCUUCGACUUGGAAAGCCCGGCCCAUAUCAACGCACAUCUUGCGCGAACGUCAAGUGGCUUGUCCAACGGCCCAUCCAGUCCCAACAAAGCCUUUCUCGAACCCACACAGGAUGACAUUGCGCAGAGCCGCACAGUCAGUGGCCAGACCGAGCUGGAACAAGAAGACUUCAGUCCGGUCUACAUCUCAAAACAUACGACGGUCACCGGCCAAGUCAACUACGCGCCGCUCGACUCACAUUUGGUCAAACAAUUGCAGAAUGGCCAUGUAAAUCACGAACGUACGAGUGAAGAUUACCGCGAAGACGAUGAGGCUGACGAGGGAUUCGAGGAAGAAUCUCCGCAACGCGAGCCUUCUGCUUUCACGGACGGUCCGCAAAGUGGAGUCGAAGUCGCAGACGAGAAUGUUUCGUUUUCCGAGAACUUGCCAACAGGAUCGCCUCUCCCCUCGCUUGGUUCCAAUGUCCAGUUCGAGCGCGGAGGCUACUCUCGACAGGGAUCUUUUAAGCAGCGCCCUUUGAGCCCGUCUCCGUCCGGCAUUGACGAGUCAAUCAACGCCGACGCCAGUGGUCUGCUGUCGCCACAUAUCCUUCCUCGACACCCGCCACCUGCUCCCACGCCUCCUGAAAUUCCGACUACCCCUGUUCAAGGAGAAGAGCCGAAGUCACGCUCGUCUGGCAGCCCAUUGAAACUAUUCGGUGCUCACGACACCUUCACCAACAAUCGAUUGCUGCGACGCAUCAGUGAGCUGCAUCCUGACGGCACAUUGCGCCAAGCAGCUUCGAACGGCGGCCCAAAACUCAUCGUUCAACCUCGAGACUUUUCUGAGCCCCCUUCUUUCGGAAGUGGCGAGCUCGAUGGCCAUGUGUUUGACGCCGAGAUCACCAUCACGAGUGCCUCUGACUCUGACAAGGCACGCAGUGAUGGCUCGCCCGGCUCGGAUGUACUCGCACCGGGAAGCAAAAUCCCCCUCGGGUUCCAAUUCGACGCUGCGUCGCCACCAAUCGUGGACACAUUCAAGAUGAAGCGAAAGCAUUCGAAGCAAAGUGCCCCCACCUCCAAGCAUUCCACUGUUGAGAAGGGCGCAGCUCCCCAUGCUGCCCAUGGUCCCAUGGUUGCAGAAGUGGCAUUGCGAGCAGACCUGUCAGUUGAACAAGACCGUGACUACGCGGAUGGCAAGCGGCCGCCAACGUCGCCCUUCAAAGACCCUACACCCAAACGCCGGAGGACAUUGCAUGCAUCAGAGCUCGAGAAUGGAAUUCACACCAUUAACGAAGCUUACCAGAAUCAACUACACGAAGCAGCCAGCGGCCGAAAGCGCAAAGACGCCCGCCAUGGAGACCUCCAGAACACAGCAGAUCCUCAAACACUCGCUCAGAGGAAGAUUCUACGACCUCGCAACCCCACGCCUAGUCAGCGACGUUGGCAGCGAAUCACAGCCGAGCUUAGGGAGGCAGCUGAAGAAUUCGCUGAGCAGGAACCGGAGAAGUUGGAGGCUGUCAUGGAGCAGCUUGAAUCGUCCAUGGUGUCGGAGGACCCGCCAACACUGCAACAACAGGCGCACACGCUGGCCUCCGAAGUGGCGGCUUUCACGCUGAGGGUGCAGAGGCCAUCGGACGACUACGGCAAGCGGAAGCGAUCGGUCACCACGCAAGACUUUUUGGACGAGGCCAUGAUGGUUAUGAAUCUGAUACGCGCGAAAGCACGGCCUCAGAGCAAUCUGGGGAGCGUCGAGGAAUCGGAUGGCGACGAGUUUCACCAGAGCGUGAGACUUGAUGGAUCCCGCGAGGCCGACUCGCGACCACCGUCUCGUGAAGGGAGUGGCUGGCGACCACGCGCGCCCAAGCAGACUGAUGCGAGAGUCAUCAGCCACCUUCGCAAGUUCCAGGAAAAGGAAGAUGUGGACGAUACGAACUUCAUCGCCAACUCCAUCGCUUCUCUCCAAGUCGACGCCGACGAGGGCGUCAAUGCGGAAGUAGUUGUCGUAGACAAGGAUGCUAAUAUUCGAAUCACCGGCCCACUACACCGUCGACACAAGCAAGACGAAGCAACGGAUUCGCGUCCGGUCUCUCAGCGGUCGCUAGGGAGCACCCUUCAGACACAAAACUCCGCCGGCACAUCCACCGGCCAGACGAUGGCGACAGUGUCGACCCGUAAAUCAGAGAAUGUCGGCACUCUCGCACCCGAUGCCGUUGCUCAUCUCAUUGGCGAAGAAGUAGGUGGCAUGACGUUCGACAAAGAUCAACAGCGAUGGGUGAGGGUGCCCAAGAGCCCGGAAAAGGUGCACGGGAGCUUCCUAGAGCUUCCAAGCAAUGUGACCAGCGAUGAUGACCCGUUCAGAGAAAUCUCGGAUCUGCCUGUCGACGAGCCGAAUGAGCGGAAGAAUCUGAGCUCAAGUGAGAGACGGGGAGGACAGUCCACGAUCGAAGCAAUUGAGAGUCAGAGGCCACCUCCAGCGGAAGUCAGGACUGUUUCUGAAGAGACCGUCAUCUCUCGCCCAGUGACUCGAGACGGUGCUCAUGUCCACCACAACCACUCCAGUUCGGUGCCGUCAAAAUACACAGCUUUUGCAUCGAGCCAACAAGCGGAGAAAGUUGAGACUAGGGCGACGUCAUGGAGUGAUGAAGAGAUGGCGAGGAUGGCCUCUCUCGGCCAUGGGAAGCAGCACAGCGUGAUGCAAGAGCCGGUUCAACCUUUGCCACAAGAGGUGGACACGGCUGACUACGCCGAAGCCAUGGUAGACGAAGACGAAUAUCAACCGGAUAUCGCAGACACAACACUGCCUGAUGAGACUGAGCUCAGUGCGCAGGAUUCCGACGUGGACGACGCAGAGGAUCUCGAUCAAGUAUCGCCCGAAUUGCUCCCCUUCCGACCCUCUUCAAUGAAACGCGGCCCGGUGCGGGACCUCUCUCUUCGCACAAGGACCAUCACCAAGAAGUUUCAUGCCCACGUUCAGCAGCAAAGCGAGCUGUCGUUCAUCGCUCCCCUUCCCGGAGAUCGGGUGAUGAGCUUGUCCUUGAGCGUCUCACGACCCGUCAGCACGCGCCAUCAGCGAAAUCAAGUGACGGAGUGGGAGUCGUCUCCAUCCAAAGGAGCGUCAAGCUUCAUUCUUAGUGAUCUACCCGAAUUCACGGUACACGAAGAGGAUGAAGAAAGACCGUCCGAGCGAGCGCUGGCGAACCGAUUGGCUCAUCAUGCGGCCAUGGAGGUGAACGAUCGCUAUGCAGUGGCCGUGAAAGAGCUCGUCAAGAUCCUCACCGAUGUUAAUGAAGGUGAGCCUUUUUGGGAAGAUCUCAAGCAGCUCGAUUUGCGAAGCCGCUCGCUCAAUUCUCUGUAUGGGCUCAGUGAUUUCUGUACCGGCGUUCAGGACAUGAUUGUCUCGGACAACAUGCUGCAGGAUCUUCAAGGGAUGCCAUUCACGAUUCGCAGGCUGGAUGUGACCUGCAAUCGUCUGAGCAGUUUGACUUCCUGGAACCACCUGAUGAAUCUGCAAUAUCUUGACAUUUCUGGCAACUCUCUGGAUAGCCUGAAUGCGUUGAACUGUCUCGUGCACUUACGAGAACUCCGGGCCGACGACAACAAGAUUGAGGACUUGAGUGGCGUGUUUAAGCUAGACGGAUUGCUCAAGAUUCGUGCGAGACGGAAUAACCUCCAAUCGGUGUCCUUCCAGAGCUGCAAUCUCGGCCGCCUGGCGAGUAUGGAUCUCUGCGACAACCAGAUCACCUCCAUUGACGGCCUGGAACGACUGCCUUCAUUGACAGAGUUGAAGCUGGACAACAACAUCGUGGGCAACAGCAUCAAUCAAGCCCAUCGGCUGUCGAAACUGCGCUCAUUGUCGAUGAAGAAUUGCAACAUCUCUCAGCUGGAAGCGGGAUGGUAUCCAAACGUGACCAAUCUCAACGUUGACGACAAUCAGCUCUGCAGGAUCAACGGCGUUGAAGAUCUGCAAAAUCUGCACACGCUGUCGAUGAGGCGCCAGGUCCUCCCUGUUGGUUCAGUGCUUUCGAUCCUCGAGUCGCGCGUGGAAGCUGCGGUGAUCCUGCUCUCUGGCAAUCAAAUGCCGACACUCCGCUUGCCACAUAGCCUUCUGAACCUCCGGCACCUCGAACUCGCCUCUGCAGGUCUCCAAGAACUUCCGUCGGACUUUGGCCUGCGUGUGCCGAAUGUGCGAACCCUGAAUCUCAACUUCAACAACCUCCAAGACAUUCGCCCCAUUCUUAACAUUCUGAACUUGGAAGGCUUGAGCGUGUGCGGCAAUCGGCUGCAGAGGCUGCGGAAAAGCGUCGCGACGUUUGGGAAGAUGCCGAUGCUUCGAGCAUUGGACGUGCGGGAUAAUCCUCUCACGCACGGACUGUAUGCCAAUCUUGCAUCGACGAUUUGUCGGCAUACCAGUCUUAUCCGGCGGGUACGUGAUACCGCUCGGGAGGACAGCGAGGAAGAGGAGGAGGUUGCAGCGAUGGAGAAGGCUCGAUUCGAACUUCCGCCGGGUGAUUUGGGAGAGGAUGAGCGACAUCGUGCGCUUAUGGCUGAUGAUACUCUGCUGAGACGACGGGUGUAUGAGAUCAUGCUUGCCAAUGGAUGUCGGCAGCUGGAGAGUCUGGAUGGUCUUUCGUUUAACAGAGACAAGGCGGCGAGAAGGGAUGCGGUGUGCGAUCGAUUGCAUGAGCUGGGCGUUAUUAGGAAGUCGGGACAGGGUGACGUUGAUGCAUUGGAAUGAGAAGCCUGUGAUGCUUGGGUAAAUGGUGAAACGAAUCGAUGAACUUGGU